AUUGAUCCCUCUUGGGGGCGAACUGAGUGGGAAUAGCCCUGGGUUAGCUUAGCUAGCUUAGCAUUAAAGGGGGUAACAUACACACACACACAGACAAUGGGGGUUAACGACAAUGCACUUAGGUGUGGGUGUGUUUUUAGGAGCUGGCAUGAGGGUUUAGAGUGAAUUAGCUGAUGUGAAUUACAAGUCGUUUUAUACACGGCGGAGUAAUUUGUAUUCCUAACAGACAGACAGUGGUGCAGUGGCCGAAACCACCCCUCUGUGUUUCUCCGGUGGGUGCAAAGGUCCAAACCAGGCAGGAUUUCUGUCAUGCGGAGUAACAACGCCUUUGCAAAACAGCUGUGUUUUGUUGAGCAGUGAGUGGCUCACACUGAGACUUAUCUUUUGCAGGCAAUGGUUUGGAGACAAAAGGGGGAGGCAGCCUUUACUUAAACCUGAAUGUCUCAAGUGUUUUGGGGGCUGUUUGCUGCCUUGUCAACCUCAAUAUUGCACACUGAUCACUGAGCUAGGCCGAUUGAAAUGGAUUAAUAUUUGAGCAGAUCCUGUGGGGUUUUUUGUGUGUUUUUUAGGGCCACAAAUCAUUCGUGAGCGUGCUUGAUGGGAUUAAACAGAAAUCUAUGCAUAAUGGUAAACCUGACAGAAUUAAACCUGGUUCACAGCUUGGUGCCCAGCAGCUCUGUGGUUGAAGGUUUGUCAGUUAUUUGCUUUUUUUGAUUUCAGGUUUUUUUUAAUCCAAGCUGCCCUGAUUUGUCUCCUACAGAUGUCUGUUUUCCUGAUGCUUUGCCGUCUUGUUUCCUGCCUUUAUGUGGCUGUUACCCCAGAUCACAUCCCUGCAAACAUCCUCUAGCAGCAAAAACCACUGGGUCAGGAAACCAAAGUGUGUUCGCAGAUAUUAUGAUGUGAUCAUGGACAAAAUAACCAUGCUUGACAUGGAAUAUACUUCUCUCCUGAAAAAGGGAUAUGACCACUUUUUUUUCUUAGUGAAUUAUCAAGAAAUGUCAGUUUCUGGUACAAUUUCCCUUCCAGCGGAUGCCUUUCUGUGUAGAUACUAUUAAAGCACUCAUUAAUGUUUGCUCGAGUGCACAUCCCACCAGUGCAGCAGUUGUUUUUUUCACUUCUCUGUUUUUGACUGCAUAUCAAGCACAUUUUUCAUUAUUCUGAAAAAUUGUGCACACGUGAUGAUCAUGCAUGAGUUUUUAUUUGUAGAAGUGAUGCUUGAAAGGGAAAGGAAUGGCUUUGUUUCCGUGUCUGCUGCUUGGUCUCCUCACCUUUUCUCUUGUUACUUCCACUGAGAUGAAGAUGCAUGAAUGGGGAAACAACAAUUCGGAUAUUGGAUUGAUUUUUUCCCCUUAUCCCUUUCUUUAGUGAUGAUGGGUCUCACAAAUUCGACAGGCAGAAUGGUGGGAUAUGAUGGGAGAGUUAGUUGGGGAAAGAAUGAGAAUCAAGCAUUUAGAAGGAGGAGGCAGCAGUUUGGAAAUGAAACUCAGCCCCCCAGGUGUGUCAGUCCUAAACAUUCAGUGGGCGGGUGUUUUCACUCUCCUAUAAGUGACAGCAUACAGUACAACUAGGAAGUGCAGAGAGAGAGGAGAGGAACGCACACACAUUCAUGAUUUAGCGGUGGACCGGGCCUCUGCGUACUGACUGCCAACAUGCAGUUCUGGGAUUUCCUGGGUUGCACCAAUGGAGACAUUUCCAGAAUAUCAUACUAUGCCGAAUAUGAUGGCCAGUUAGCCCUAGCAGGAGCAUCCGAGUCAGGCAUGGCAUCGUCUUCCUACUUGGAACCCAACAUCAACCACCCGUCCGCGGGUGGUUGCGGGGUUAAAUCCCGGUCUGGAAUGUCCGGUGUACCCAGCACCAGUGGCUCUGCUGGAGGUCUAGAGAGACCCCCGGGCUCCAUGGACCGCGUUCUUAAGAUCUUCCAUUACUUUGAGACAAACAGCGAACCAUGUACAUGGGCUAGCAAUAUCAGGCACGGAGAUGCUACAGACGUCAGGGGUGUAAUCCAGAAGAUAGCAGAGAUCCACAAACUGCGCUGUGUUGCCUCUUUAGGUCUCCGCCUGACCCACUUGCGCUCGGACGCUCUCCAUUGGUUACACCCUGAUUUGGGUGUGUCUCAUGUGAGGGAGAAAUAUGAAAAACAGCACCCGCAAGAAGAGUGGAGGUAUGAGUUGCGGAUACGGUACUUUCCUAAAGGUUAUCUCAGCCAUUUUUCUGAAGACAAACCCUCUCUCAACUACCUCUAUCACCAGGUAAAGAGUGAUUACAUGCAACACAUAGCUGACCAGGUGGAUCAAGAUGUUGCACUGAAACUGGGCUGUUUGGAAAUAAGGCGGUUCUUCAGAGAGAUGCCAGGCAACGCACUGGAUAAGAAAUCAAACUACGAGCUACUAGAGAAAGAUGUUGGUUUGAGAAGGUUUUUCCCCAAAAGCCUCCUUGACUCCCUUAAGCCGAAGGCUCUUCGUAAGCAGAUCCAGCAGACCUUUAAGCAGUUUGCUAACCUCAAUGAUGAACAGAGCAUCCACAAGUUCUUUGAGAUACUUUCUCCCAUCUACCGCUUCGACAAGGAGUGCUUCAAAUGCGCUUUAGGGUCUAGCUGGGUAAUAUCAGUAGAGUUAGCUAUCGGACCAGAGGAAGGUAUCAGCUACCUCACAGAUAAGGGCUCAACGCCCACACACUUAGCUAACUUUAAUCAGGUGCAGUCCAUCCAGUACUCUGCUUUGGACGAGAAGGACAGGAAAGGCAUGCUGCAGCUGAACGUGGCCGGAGCUCCUGAGCCCCUCACUGUCACUACAGCAUUGCUGACUACGGCAGAAAACAUGGCCGACUUGAUUGACGGUUACUGUCGGCUCGUCUCCUCAGUUACUCACUCCUUCAUCGUCAGGGUCCACAAAGAGGGAGACAGAGCUCUGCCAUCUAUACCAAAAGUUUCAAACCAUGAGAAGCGGAUGGAAAAGCGGAUGGACGGAGUACGAACUCGAGCAGUUUGCGUCUCAGGUCACAUUAGUGGCGAUGAAACAGACGACUAUGCUGAGAUCAUAGACGAGGAGGACACCUACACCAUGCCUUCGAAAUACUAUGGACUAGACCAAGCGCGGGACUAUGAGAUUCAGCGGGAUCGUAUCGAGUUGGGACGCUGCAUAGGCGAGGGUCAGUUUGGAGACGUCCACCAAGGAAUUUACAUCAGCCCGGAGAACCCAGCUCUGUCUGUGGCAGUGAAGACGUGCAAAAACUCAACAUCAGACAGUGUCAGGGAAAAAUUUCUCCAAGAAGCACUGACCAUGCGUCAGUUUGAUCAUCCUCACAUAGUGAAGCUGAUGGGAGUCAUCACUGAGAAUCCAGUCUGGAUCAUCAUGGAGCUCUGUACAUUUGGAGAGCUUCGGUCGUUUCUUCAGGUGAGGAAAUACAGUCUGGAUCUGGCUACUCUCAUCUUGUACUCUUACCAGCUCAGCACAGCGUUGGCGUAUCUAGAGAGCAAACGAUUUGUACACAGAGACAUCGCAGCGCGGAACGUGCUGGUAUCAACGGUCGACUGUGUGAAGCUGGGAGACUUCGGGCUGUCGCGAUACAUGGAGGAUAGCUCUUAUUAUAAAGCAUCUAAAGGUAAAUUGCCUAUUAAAUGGAUGGCUCCAGAAUCCAUCAACUUCAGAAGAUUUACUACAGCCAGUGAUGUCUGGAUGUUUGGUGUCUGCAUGUGGGAGAUUCUGAUGUAUGGCAUCAAGCCUUUCCAGGGUGUGAAGAACAACGAUGUCAUAGGCAGGAUAGAGAAUGGCGAGCGACUGGCUAUGCCCCCCCAGUGUCCUCCUACUCUCUACAGCUUGAUGACAAAGUGUUGGUCGUACGAUCCCAGCAAGAGGCCACGCUUUAAUGAACUUAAAACACAGCUGAGCACAAUAUUAGAGGAAGAGAAGGUCCAGCAGAAGGAGAGGAACAGGAUGGAGAUGAGGAGACAGGUCACUGUUUCGUGGGAUUCUGGAGGGUCUGAUGAAGCACCACCAAAACCAAGUAGACCUGGCUAUCCCAGUCCUCGCUCAAGUGAAGGUUUUUACCCCAGUCCUCAGCAUCCUGGACACUAUCAGAUGGCAGGCUAUCCAGGCCCUCACACACUCCCCUCUGUGCCUAGCGCCUUGUACCCACCUCAGGCGGCAAUGCUGGACACCCACCACGCACACACACACCCCCGCCACCAUGUCCACACCCAUUCGCACGCACAGCUCCUUCCCCAGCCUCACGGACAGGAUAUGGCGCUGUGGGGCUCUAUGAUGGAGGACAGGGCAGUAGACAUGCAGCAGUGUGUAGGCCAGCAGUGCCUGUUAAUGGAGGAACAGCUGAUCAUACAACAGCAGCAGAUGGAGGAGGAUCAGAGGUGGCUGGAGCAGGAGGAAAGGCUGCUGAAACCCGACACGAGAAGUUCGAGAGGUAGUCUGGACAGAGAAGACAGUGGACUCCAGCCACCGACAGGAAACCAGCACAUAUACCAGCCCGUUGGCAAACCAGAGCAUGUGGCCCCGCCAAAGAAACCCCCUCGACCUGGGGCCCAGUGCCAAGUAAGCAGCCUGGCCUGUCUAAAUACUGGAGACAGUUACAAUGAUGGAGUCAAGCCCUGGCGGCUGCAGCCUCAGGAGAUAAGCCCGCCUCCCACCGCCAAUCUGGAUCGGUCGAACGACAAAGUGUACGAGAACGUGACGGGAUUGGUCAAAGCUGUGAUCGAGAUGUCAAGCAAGAUCCAGCCGGCUCCACCCGAGGAGUACGUGCCCAUGGUCAAGGAUGUGGGUCUGGCACUGAGGACAUUAUUGGCCACAGUAGAUGAGACUCUACCUCAACUUCCAGCCAGUACACACAGAGAGAUCGAGAUGGCACAGAAGCUGCUGAACUCUGACUUGGCAGAACUGAUUGCAAAGAUGAAGUUAGCCCAACAAUAUGUGAUGACCAGCCUCCAGCAGGACUACAAGAAGCAGAUGUUGACGGCGGCUCAUGCUCUUGCUGUUGAUGCCAAGAACUUGCUGGAUGUUAUCGACCAAUCCCGGCUCAAGAUGAUGGCCCAGUCCCGCCCACACUAGCCCCAUGUCGUCCGAGCUGACCAACAGGAGAGGGUGGCAUCAUCGUGACUUCUAAAGACUCCUGGGUUCCAGACGUCAGUCCUCAUGUGUUGACGGAGGUGGCUGCUUUACAAAUCAACGGCGAGAGCAGUGGCUCUGAUAAUCUGAUAAUGGUCCGCGAUGAAUCGUUAGAAUUUUUUAAUCCCGCUAUAGCCGAGGUAAUUAGUUCAACUGGGAUUAAAAUCUCCACCACUGUGACUUUCUGUAUACGAGAACAGCGCAGAAACACUUCCUGAAUCAGGGACUUGGCAGCUUCGCUCUCUUCAGAGUGGAAUACCGCGACGAGAGGAGGAAGAAAGAAAUCUACUCGUGAUUUUUUUUUUUUUUUUUAACUGUAAAUCUGGAUUUGGGAUGAGCCAGAUUCUGCAGGUUAGAGUUUUAAAUGGAUUCAAAACUUCCGACAGAAACGCUAUCAUGAAAGCUGGUGAGAUCGGGCGGAUUGCAACCUGAUCUGCAACAUAUCUGCAUGAAACUUCACUGUGGGAUCUUAGACGUCGGCCGCCCCCGUUUGCUGACGUUCCGAUUCCUGAAUGGGAGCUCCUUUCUCCAAUCAAAUAUCUCUACAUCGCCAUACACAUCACAUGUUUGUUAUGUUUUGUUUUUUUGGUGCCUGGAGUGGUACAGUAACAACAGUCUCGGUUUGGUCUUCUCCGACUCGUCAUGCCUCCUACCAUCUCUCUUUCUCUGUUUCCUCCAUCUCACCGUUUUUUAUUUAUAGACUCAAAUUGCAGAGGAGGAGACAGAGGCAGGAACGUAAAAAAGCAGAAUACGCCUCGAGGACAGUCUAGUAACACUCUACUGCCUGAGGAAAGAAAACACUCUCCUCCCCUCUUCUCUCUAUUUCACUCACUUUUCCUUUCCUUCACCCUUACUGCUCCCCUACUCCCACAGUCUUCCUCAGCUCCUCUCUGAGCCACUUUUAAAGACUCCAAAUGUGAAGAGUCCAGCUCUGUGCGGGUAAUCACCGCAGACAGAAACCUCCCCUACUCGCACUCAGUUCAGUCUGCUCUUUUUAUCGAUCAGCUCCAUGUUUUUUUGUGUUGUUUUGAGGAAUCUUCGUCCUCUAUACUGAAAAAUGUUGAACUUUCAACCCCAGCAAUUGACUGCUGUGUAAAAAAAAAAAAAAAAAAGAAUUGGAAAAAAUGUGUUCAGCGUGAGUGGCAGGAUGCUUCCGAUUGGUUCACGAGGAAGAAGACAGUGACACGUCUCAGAGUGGUCGCUAAUUUUGUGAGGUUCGUGUCUCCUUUUCCUUUUUUUGUCUCCUCACGUAUAGUCCCAAUAUGAAUCGUAUGUUCAUAAUAUAAGAUUACAUUAACUGUCCGAUCACCCACUAGUGACACUUAAAGUAUAUUUCCCGGGGACAUGAACAAACCUCAUAUCACAUUUAUGACUCCAAUUCUCUUGUCAGGUGUAACACUUUAAAAAUUCCCCCCCUCCCCGACUUAAUAAUAGUCCCCAUGGAACCAAACACAUGAAAUGUGGAGCCACACGACUGGAACUUGUUUCUCAGACACAAAACACUGAACUGAAAAUCACAUUUGUCUUUGUUAAUACUGACCCCAUGUGGAGUGUCACAUACUGCUAUAUGAAAUAUACUGGUGACUGUACUGGUAUAGCAUGAUAUACUGGUAUAAAGAAGAGCAUAUUUGCACAGCACCAAAAUAACACAUCCUAAGUUGUUUCCUUUUUUGUUUCUUGUUUGUUUGUUUUUUAUUAUUAUUAUUAUUAUUAUUUUUUAAACCCGUUUUAUCCAGAUGUGAUUUCCAUGUUUAGCCAGCAACGAAACUAUCAGAUCGAUCAAUCUGGGUGUUAUAGGGAUAAAAUAAAUGUAAAACAGAGGAGAAAAACCCCCCAAAUGAAACAAUCUAUUUUAUUUCCUUGUUGUUGCGUAAAUCUGCUCAUGUUGGUAUAUUGUAAGCUAUACUGGUGUGUAUCACUGGUGAAUUGUACAGAACUCGUACUAGUAAACACUGGUAUUUAUUUUGUCUUCUGGGCUAAUUAAGCCAUCUUGUCAAAUAGGAGGAAACAAAAAAAACAAUGGAAUAAAAAUAAUUAUGAAAUGAAA